GACCGGACAAACCAGCUGUACCUGUUGAAUAGAUUAUGUAACUACAUACAUGACUCGAAAGCGGCGAUAUGAAUCAAUGUAGAAGUACUGCGCUGAAUUCCAUUUAACGGUGAUAUCCAGCCAUGGCGGCGAUUACGACUGCUAUUAAACAAAUACCACAACCCAAUUCGAUCAUAGCAGCGGGGACGGGGAACGUCAGCAAGGUAUCUCCUCCUCAAGCGAAGACGCGGCUCCAAAAGAACCCGGUUAAGGUGCUCAAGCUGACGAAGAGCCCAGUCUUCCCGGAUCAAGUUGUCUGCGCCCGGGAAGCGCCGGGGGAUUCAGUGGAACAGAGUCACGCAGGGGUGGGCGCUGGAGCCCCCCGCUGCAGGAAGAGAGGAUACCGCCCCCCCGAUGUGAGAACCAUCUUUGAGCCGCCCGGGAAAGACCCCCAAGUGAGAGGAGAGAGAGGAGAGGGGCACAGUUUCUGUGUGGGUCCCGCCGGUGCUUGGUGUGACCACUGCUGCCAGUACAUUCUGCAAAGCAGCCUUGUAUGUUCAGAUUGCAAGUACACCUGCCACCCCCAUUGCAGAGACCUGCUGACGUUGGACUGUCAUCAGAAUGGCAAAUCAGUGGAGCCCCCCUCCUUGCUUGAUAUGGGGGAUCACACCAACAACAAUUACCACCCGCCGGAUGUGGAGAAAGAGCGGGAGCUGCGCACACACCUCAGCAAAGAAGAAAUCCGACAGAAGAUUGAGCUUUACAACUCCUCAGUUACAGACCACCUGAAAAUGACCCUGAAUCCCGUUGGCUCCUACACGGGUUUCAUUAAAGUCCAGAUGGAGCUGCGGCGACCCAUCACAGUGCGUGGCCCCGCGGGCCCAGCACACAGCAGCGAGGACGCCUUCUAUCUGCCCAAGGGCUCCAUCAACACCCUACACAUCAGCAGCAGCAACACCGCGAGGGAGGUCAUUGAGGCGCUGCUCAGCAAGUUCAUGGUGGUGGACAACCCCGCCAAGUUUGCAUUGUACAAGCGCUUCUGCAGGGAAGACCAAGUGUAUGUGUGUAAGUUGUCGGAUGGGGAGCACCCACUCUACCUACGAUUGCUGGCGGGACCUGACACAGACACUCUGAGCUUUGUACUGCGAGAGCAGCAGACAGGAGAGGUGAUGUGGGAUGCCUUUUCUAUUCCAGAGCUCCAGAACUUCGUGCGGAUUCUGGACAAAGAGGAAUCCGACCACCUGAGCUCCCUGACGAUGCGCUAUGCCACCUACAAGCAGAAACUGGAGGAGGCGAUGCAAGGACAGAGGAAGCCAGGCUAACAGGGAGCCAAACAAAGUCUAGAGGCCACAGUGGCAUGCAUUUAGCAGGGACUGGCAUGUGACUGCAGGACUGGCUGCUUUACAAAAAUAAAUGGAGUGCUUUUAUUUGGUGCACGAGCUACCAUAAAAACUGGAACUUUUGGAUCUGUGCAGUUGGUUGCAUUUAACGGCUUGCACGCUACAAAUAUUUAUUGACGUCUGCAAGCGUGUUGAUGUUACUCGUCAUCUAGCACUGCCUGUCUGUCUGGGCAGGUUACCUCUGCAGCCUGUGAAUCGGAAAGACAAUCAAUUGUUUUUAUUUUAUUGUAUAUGAUAUUUUGUGAACUGUAAAUAUUUUUUUUUAUUGUCACUUUUAAUUUAUAAGGCAGGAGUGGAGAAAAGAAAAUGUGCAUAUAAUAUGAUUUAACUGAGUAGAGUAAAAAGAAAUUAUCAAGAAGCAAGUUCACUGGACGCAUUCGGCACUGUGGGUUGUUCCAAUUGGAAUGGCGAAGUGUCAGAGAUGCGUGGUUGGUGUGUUCCAGUAAGGGCAGCAUUGGAGAGAUGUUGAUAGGAAGGAUCUGAGCAAGGUGAGGGAGUGUGGCGAGAUGAGGAGGGGGAAGAAUGGGCGAUGGGGAGUUGUGGGUUGAAGAGAAGGGUUGGAGCAAGUGAGGUAAGCUGGUCUGAGGGAAGAUGGCUAGGGAGAGAAGGAAUGGGAAAAAGUAAGUAGGACAUGGCAUGAGGGAUUAGGCAGGCAACAAGCCUGCGACUGAAUUUGAAACAUUUGCUUAAUUAUUUGUGAAAUAGGGUAGGUUAGAAACCAGUUUGUUUGUACAUUCUCACUACAGUAAGAAUGUUUUAAGUAGGGGGCUUUAAUCUCAGGAGUGAAACAUGGCCUGGCAGGUGGAGUUUAAUCUGAAAGUAGAGGAAGGUAAACCAGCCUUUUUUAAAACAUGCGUUCUGAUGCCAUGCAGAGAGAGGACGGUUAAAACCAGCAUUUUUAAACGUGUCUUCUAAUAUUACCACGCAGAGAGUGUGCAAUGACAGACUAUACUGAGGAAUUUUAAAGGAGGCCAGGGAUUGAGGUGAAUUCAUUUAUUUUUCCUUUAGCACCGCCUUUGACAAUCAAAUGAAACCCAGAGCAAAACCUCAUGUUGGUGGCAGCAGCAUUUCAGUUCAUCAGCUGACCUCCUGGUGUCCAAAGACACAUAGGGCUGUACAGUAUGUAUGAUGAAGCUUCAUGAUUUUGAUUGCCUAACAAGGGUUUUUGCAGACAAGACCUCAGUCUGACUUCAUAUUACAUUGAUGCACAAUCACUGUAAUUUUUUUUCCCCCCAAUUAUAUAUAUAGUGGAAAGCUUGAAGCCUUAAUCUCACUUCUACAAGCUGUGAACACAGGACUGUGAUCUACAGCAGUCUUAAUAGUUGUAAAUACUAGUUUCAUCACAGACUUGCAUGUAUAUCUGUCACAGUUUUCACCUUAUUUCCUAGACUACCCGGUCCUUUUAAACUCUGAGGCGGCUGAUCGCAUGCAAGCCUCUGUCUUUCUAUAUUUCACGUCUUUUUCAAUUAGUACUGUAUGACGAGUCUCUUGAGUGGUACUGAUUCACAAUGCAAGCACUGGCACUGAUCCGCAGAUAUACUGUAGGAGGGAGACCAACCUGUCAAAGGCUUGUUUUGUUACACGCUGAGGGGACAUCUAGUGGGCAACUGCUGUACUGCACAUUUACCGGUUAUUGAAUUUGUACGUAUAAUAUGCCCGAGGUUUGUAACUUUGUUAGGGUGAUCAAAUACUGUUAUUUAUUUUGUUUUAACCAAAGACUUCUGAUACUUUUAAAGAGCAGAGGGCCUGAUGUUUAGUGGAAUCAAUCAAUUAAAAAAUUGCUAACCAAGACUUCUACAAUCCAUUGUCUUGCCCUAUAACUGGCAGCAUAACACUGGCCCCCCUUUCCUUGUUAGUUUUUACUUUUAUGCACAAAACAAGAUUGUUGUAGCUUUCUGGAAUGUUCUGUGUUGUAGGUCUGGUUUAAUGAACUGAAAAAUCUACACAUCCUGAAAAAUGCUAGUAAAGAACCAAAAUACUAUUGCCAAUAGAUAAGGGGUGGGGGGUUUGCAAUACUAUCAAGAGGGAAGAAUAUGGGUUUUUAAGCAUUGGUUAGCCCUUUUAUUUAAGUCUCAUUUUUAGGCACUUUUUUCACAGGCGUUUCUUAAGCCAUUUAUGACAAUCUGUUUCAGCGCCUAUGGAGAAGUUCUGUAUGAGUGCCGCGUGGGUGCACCUUACUGUAGCACACUUGUGAGCUGUAUUUUUGAAAACUUUAAUCAGCAAGUGAAUUUGGGGCACUUUACCACACCUUUUCAGGGAUUCUCUUUGUGUGUUUUUUUGUUUUUAUAAUUAAUGCUGCGUCUGCUGUAAGUGAUUGACUGUUUAAGCAAGACAAUUCAUUUAUGAAUUCCUGUUUUGUAGUUUUUAGAAAAGCUAUUUAACCUAGCAAUGGUUGUGGUGUGUUUCUUUUUUUUUUUUUUUUUUACUGUGAAAUUGUUAAACUACAGUUUGUUGUAAAGAAAUGGUAUCUUGUAAAAGAGAAAGUUUGGACUCCCGUUUGUCCCCCUCAAUUGGCUAUAAAUUGGAUUUCGGUCAAAACCAGGAUGGGGUUGAUACUAAAGCAGGCUUUAAUUGGGUCCAAGUUGCUGGGGCUGUAGUAAGAACACUGUCUAUUGAUACAAUUAUUUGGGGAUAUGUUUAGGUAAGUAUUGUUGAGGAAGGGAAUACAGUUUCUUUCAGUAAGGCAGUCUAUUGUUAUGCACUACAGUUUCCUAUGCAUGGAAAUAAUACACCCCUCUGAUUUAGGGCAAUACACAAAUAUGAGGCAGUGGGUGCUUGUUUUAAUAGUUUCACACUGGUUUAAAAAAAAAAAAAAAAAAAUGUAUAUAUGAAAAAAUAUUACAUUUAAUAAAGUCCUAUACUGUAUGGCCUUGGUCUAAGUGUUCAUUUCAGGAAAUAAUAAUUAAAAAAUGGUUUCUGGUAAACAUUUAAAAUAUUGAUGGUACAAAAAAAAGAUAUGCAAAAUUUGUUAGCUUGCAAGAAAGGUUUGAGCAAUUUUUGAAAGUCUAAGGUUUUGUGAUUUCUGUUUAUGUGUUUGAUGCAAGUCAAGAUUUAUUUUUAUAGGUAACUUAAUGUUUCUUCAGAUUUGUUGCCAAAUGUGGCUUUUUUUGUUUUUACAAGAGAGGCGCUGUUCAUUUAUUAAAAUUUGCAAUUGGCAAAA